CUAAUAUGACUGCUUUGCCGUCCCUCAGCAAAUAAGGCUAAGGCUGCUGCCUGAUAGGUGUAUCAUCUCACUUUGUCUCAGCAUUGAUUUCUUGCUUCUUUAUUUACUUCAUAAAAAGAGUGGGGGGGGGGGAGGACCUGAAGCACACAAUUCUGCGCUGUCUGGACAUUUUUUGGACAUCUUUUUUUAUUAGUAUGAGCAAGCUGUUGCUGUUCUUCUGUGGAGUGAAGUUGGAUUUUACAUUCUUUUUUAAAUGUGUAUGGUGAUAUUUGCUCCGCUUUUUGCAAUUUUUGCAUUUGCAACAUGUGGUGGUUAUUCUGGACAGCUGAAAGUCAGUGUAGACUGUCAGAACAAGACAGACAGCGACCUAAGUGUUGGGAUAGAGUUUGCUUACCCUUUCAGGUUGCACCAGGUGUAUUUUGAUGCCCCCACGUGCGAUGGUAAAAGACGGGAGAGACUGUUCCUGAUAGGAGACUAUUCUUCUUCGGCCGAGUUCUUCGUUACCAUUGCAGUCUUUGCUUUCUUGUACUCAUUGGGGGCCACUGUUGUGUACAUUUUUUACCAGAACAAGUACAGAGAGAACAACAGGGGGCCACUUAUUGAUUUUAUUGUGACGGUGGUGUUCUCGUUCAUGUGGCUGGUGAGCUCGUCUGCCUGGGCGAAGGGUCUGUCGGAUGUGAAGACCGCCACAGACCCCAGUGAGGUGCUUUUGUUAAUGUCUGCAUGUAAGGUGCAGUCCAACAAAUGCCUUCCUCUCCAUAAACCUGUAUGGGCAAGUUUAAAUACUUCUGUUGUCUUUGGAUUCUUAAACUUUGUUCUAUGGGCUGGAAAUAUUUGGUUUGUAUUCAAGGAGACUGGAUGGCAUUCUUCCACCCAGAGGUAUCCUUCAAGCACCACAGAAAAGCAACCAAGAGGCUAUAACCAGCAAUCCUACAACCAAGGCAGAUAUGAGCAAGAAAACAUUGGCCAGUCUGGUGGUACCAAUCCACCAGGAGACUUCGGUCAGCAGUCAAACUACGGCCAAGUGGGUGGCUAUGGCCAGGCAGGGUAUGCCCCAAGCGAGCCUACCUCCUUUGCUAAUUAGAUGUAACAUCUACACUGAAUUUUAAGAUACAAAGCUUAAGAGGGCACACGAUAAUCAGUUGACGUCUAAAUAAGACUGCAAUACGAGGAGUGUUUUCCUCUGUUGUUAGUAUUCUAGUGUCAGAAAGGCAGUGGUUCUUGUUUCCAAACUACAACAUAUCUUGUUUGUAGGUAGCGAGAGGUACAAUGAUAUUAUCUGGGGAGUGAAACCUAAAGUUAAAAAGUUAACAUUGUAGGUGUUGUAAAAAUAAUGUUAUUGUAGUUUUCUCUCUCUCUCUCUCUCUCUCUCUCUCUUCCCCCUCUCCCUCUCUUUCUUUCUUUCUUUCUUUCUCUCCUUUUUUUUUUGGCAUGUUGUAUUCCAGUGGUUAUAGCUGUUUGUAACUAUUUGUUUCUGUGAUGUGCUAUGCCACAGAUCUUGACGGAAGGUAUUUUUGAACUCUGUUUUGCACUCUUGUGAAAGAAAUCGUGGUCAUUUGUAAAAUUAUUGAAGAUGAUGAUUAUUAUUAUAUUGUGUUGAGAAAGUGCAUGAUAUUGUACAUUGUAAGUUAUAAAUCUGCUGCGUGUGCACAUUUUGAGUAAUUGUAUAGCAGCAGUGCAAGCAGAAUUUAAUUUUAAUUUAAUUUAUUCAACGCAUACCUAAAAUAUCUAGUCUUUGAGGUUUAUUUUUUUGUUCAAGAUGUGUGAACUUUUUUUUUGUAAUAUCUAAUUAUAUUUUCUUAUACUUUAUUUUAAAGUUUUUUAUUUAUUUUUUUCCUAUAAUCCAAAUUCAGUUUUUUAUGCUUUUAAAAAUUCAGUAACAACCAAGUUCCUGAUGAUAUUACCCUAUUAAUAUUGCACACUGAUAACUCUCCAUGAACAAUAGUUCUUUAUUGUUGGUGUUUUGUGACUACUUGGAUGUUAGUGGCUAUUGUACAAGGAGCAUUCCCUUUGUUUUGUACUUUUAGGAUUUUAGUAAGUACACAUGUUUUAAAAUAUGCUGCUUAAACUGCCAUAAUUCAGAACUGAAAGCACAAAUAUGAAAAGGGAUGAGUGGAACACUGAGUAUGUGUUUGAAAUAUCUUAUAAAUACAUGUAUUUAAAUAAUAAACACCAAAACACCCCAUAACACCUAUAGAUUUUAAAUAACAGUAAGUUGAAUCAUAUUAUCAAAAUUAAAAGAUAUGCAGAACUGUAAAUUAGGUUGAUAUACAUUCAUUAAUCACAUAUUUCUGUAACAAAAAAUAAGCUUGAAUAGAAGUGUAACUUGACAUUCUCUUAAUUGUGAACCUUGUUUCUUGACUUCCAAAGCAUGUGACUUAAAUCAUUGCAGUACAUGCAUUUGUUAAAUGAGGUAUAUGCCAUUGUUGUAUUUGCUCUAAACUCAGUGUUACAUUAUAAUGUGAUCAGGUGUACCUGAAUAAGAUUGUAUAUCAGUAUGCUUUUAAAAUAUGAUUAAUAAAGUUGUUGCACAAACCUUG